UGGCAAGUUGAUGUGGAAGCCCAAACAUGCGGGUACCGAAUCUUCCUGAAGGUGGGCGGCAGCAUUCACCUGAGCUAUGGCCUCACAGUGCGAGAUAAGCUCGACCUCUUCGACCGUACGCGCCUGGUCUACCGCGGCUGCAAAAAAGCUCGGCGCGAACGGAGCGAGCAGCAACCGGCUGGACGACCUACAAAAAAUCGAACCGCACUAGAGUUAGCGUACGAGACGUAG